AUGUGCAUGCUAAUGCUGGUAGCAGCAUUAGCCGAAGACAAUCAAAGGGAUCAAAACCACGUGAAUCCCAAUCACAAUUUCAACCAAAACUAUCCAAACCCAAAUCACAAUAUGGAUUUUAGUAACAUGAAUCCAAACAUGGACUUUGGUAAUAUGAAUCCAAACUUGAACAUGAAGCCUCGAGGUGAUAACAAACAUAAUCAAAACGCCACCAAAAUGCCUGAUAUGAACAAGGGUCCUGAUAUGCAGAAGAUGUCUGAUAUUCCAAAGUUACCUGAGAAACAAGAAAAUGGACCUAGUGCAAAGAAUUGA